AUGAAAGCCAUAUGGCGCACUGACAAGGCUCAAGCUUUGGGAGCAGAUAAUGCUCAUACGACUGACGCCAUAAUAUUUAAAAAUAACCACAAGUAUGAAAGAGAAAACUGCCUGUGUUACUAUAAAGGUAAACUUUGUAAUGAAUGCGUAGAGAACUUUCGUAUAGAGAAGCCAUUCAACUGUGAAAUUUUCCUUAAGGCUUUCCCUUCCAAAAACGUUCUAGCAAGGCAUAUCAAAGUACAUACAAGGGAGAAGCCAUACAGCUGCGAGAACUGCAGCAAGGUCUUCCCAGAAAAAGGUCACCUGGCAACACAUAUGAGAGUACAUACAAAAGAGAAGCCAUACAGCUAUGAGGUUUGCAACAAGGCCUUCUCACAUAAAUCUAAUCUAGUUAUCCACAUGAGAGUACACACAAAAGAGAAGCCGUUUGAAACAAAGGCCUUGUUACAGGUGAGAAGAGAUAAGGUUGAGAAUUUGUUUUCUCAGAGUAUAAUGUAUGGUCUCGAACUGGAACUUGGAGGUGAGAUGCACGGUCUUGCGGCAUUUUGGAUUAUGGUUCAGCUGCUACUCUAA